CACAUAUAUCAACAUAUACUACACUAUGUCUCCUGCUUAUAUAGGACUACUCGUCGUACUAUACGGCCAUUCUACCUUGUACCAUUCUCUGAAAGACCAGUUCUUCGCUGCCAAACGGUAAAAUGUAUAUUUUAUUGUUAUCAUUACUAGCAGUUGCUAAUGGCGUAACCUUUAAUAAGCUCUAUGCUUGGCAACAAUUGGAUUUUAAUUUUCCAAAUGAAACCAUUCGAAAAACAUACGUCGAAUCAGGAAAUUACAUAGAAAAAAAUAAUUUGCCUCUGGGUCUGGCAAUUUCGCAAGAUAGAAUGAUAAUUACUGUUCCUAGGUGGAGGAACGGUGUGGUGGCUAAUUUAAAUUACGUAUGGAUGAACGACACUAGUGAAUCACCAAGUUUAAAUCCGUAUCCUGAUUUUGAAACGAACGAUAUACAUUUACCAGAUAGUAUAGUAAACAUUUUUCGUGUUAGAGUCGAUGAAUGUAAUCGUCUUUGGGCUGUUGAUACAGGAAUAAGCGAUAUUUAUGGCAACACUACAAUCUUGCAACCUGUUAGAAUCAUAGUGAUCGAUCUAAAAACAGACAAGAUCAUCCGGAAAUACACUUUAAAGGAUUCCGAUCAAAAACACAAUUCCUUUAUAGCUGACCUCGUCAUAGAUGUAAAACCUGAUGCCUGUCAAGAUGCUUACGCUUAUCUUUCAGAUUUUUCAGCCUAUGGUUUGAUAGUUUACAGCUGGGCCAAGAAUAAUUCUUGGAGAAUCGAACACAAUUACUUUUACUUCGAUCCGUUACAAGGUGAUUACAAUAUUAGCGGUUAUAAUUUUCAAUGGACCGAUGGUAUUUUUGGGCUUGCCUUGACUCCGUAUCAAGAUGAUGGAUACAGGACUCUUUACUUUCACGCUAUGUCUGGAAUAACAGAAUUCUACGUGUCUACUGAGGUUUUGCAAGACGACAUGUUAAUCUUAUCAAAUAAUUACCAUGCAUUCCACGUUGCUGGAGACAAAGGACCAAAAAGUCAAGGACCUUCAUCGGUCAUUGAUCAGGAAACUGAAAUCGCUUAUUUCACGCAAAUACAAAAGAAUGGAAUAGGCUGUUGGGACACCAAUGUGAAAUUGACUCCGGAAACGUUUCUUCUGGUAGACCAAAACAACGAGACAAUGAUUUAUCCCAAUGACCUAGCCAUCGAUUAUGAUUCGAGAAAAUUAUACGUGCUCUCUAAUAAUCUACCCAAAUUUGAACACUCUGAUUUAAGUAAGAAAGAAAAUAAUUAUUUCAUUACUGUAGCUUCUUUGGAUUCAUUGGCCAAACAUUGUUAAGCUUAUUGAUAUGAUGCAAUCUAAAUUGACAUAAAUCUCUAUUUUUUAUUUAUUUCAAUUAUUAUCCUGCAUAUAUAAAAUAUUUAAUUAUAUAUAAGUUUUUAAAUAACAAAA